AUGGAAAGCGUGAUAACCGGUUUGGAGGGCGCAGCCGUUGUUGUGGAAGAAGAAGAGGUUACCGGUUUGCUGGUACUAUUAGUACCGGCAGCGGUUGUUGAUGAUGUAAUGGUACUGGUUGGGCAGAUCGGCACUGUCUACCAUGAUUUUAAUACGGUUGCUGCUCCAGAGCUGGCUUCGCUGGAAGCCAAUGGCGUCAGUACCUUCAAAACCACGAACCUUACCAACGAUGGCAGCUGGACAGAUGCGCUGCGUAAAAAGUUCCUGGAGAAUACCGUACAGAUAUCCGUGCCUUAUACGGCAAAGUAUGGUGUAGAUCUGAAGGAUAGCGCGAUGCGCAUUGUGCGUAAAGAUUCGAUCGUAGAAAUACACUUGCCCCAGCCCAGGUUGCUGAGCUAUGAGCUGCGCCUGGACCGUAUGGAAACCACCAACCGGAGCGGCUGGCUUUUAUCGCCGAGUGACGAGCGCUAUACGGAGCUACAAAAAAAACUGUAUACCCAGAGCCGGGCCCAGCUGGAAGCCAAUAGCCUGUACCUGAUCGACAGCAGGCAACGUAUCUGCACGAUACUGGAGCAAUAUUUUCUGACCCUUAAAUUAAAGUCCGUUUGUAUUUUUGACAUGCCCUCGCCGCUAAGUUUUGGUAGUGGUUUACUGGAAGCCGGAUGUGAUGAGGCGGGGCGUGGAUGCCUUGCCGGGCCUGUCUUUGCGGCAGCAGUUAUCUUACCGGAUCAUUUUUACCAUCCCCAGCUCAACGACAGCAAACAGGCAAUGCACAAGGCGGUCAAAGCAUUACAUACCCAGCCAUCCCUGCUCCUGAUCGAUGGCAACCGGUUUAUCCCGUACCGGGGCAUAAAACAUGAAUGCAUUGUGAAAGGAGACUCCCUGUUUAUGCCGAUUGCUGCUGCCAGCAUCCUGGCCAAAACUCACCGGGAUGAGUACAUGCAACGCCUGCAUGAAGAAUACCCUUAUUACAAAUGGAAUGAAAAUAAGGGUUAUGGCACCCGCUACCACAGGCAGCAGAUCGUGGAUAAAGGGACCAGCCCUUACCAUCGCAAAUCGUUUAGCAUGGGUACAGAAGGAUUGCUCUUCCCGGAGCACAAGCUGUAA